AUGGUCACCAACAGUGACCCAGGGCAUCCCACCGCCCAUACGCCAUCUGGCAGAGAUACGGAUAUGCUCGACGUCAACAACGACAGCAACCAUCCUUCCAGUACCGACAUGUCAAGAACCACAACGCCCGAUGGCCUCGACAAUAGGUCAAGUCGGACCCGCCCUCGUGUCUUCCCUUAUACGAAGUACCUGCCCUACGAGACCGAAACGGCCGACCAGAGACAGCAAGAUGUGGAUGACAUGAUCAAACACCUAUACAUUGCCGUUGGUUCGGGCGACUUCGUGCCGGGAGCGGUGCACUGGACAAAGGAAAUCCGUGGGUGGCUGUCGCUCAAGUUCGACCUCAGUCGUCAACAGCGCAUCAUUUUGACCAAGCUCUACUAUGAACUUGCCCUAGCGCCAGGUCUCGAGUACACGGUUGCCGAGCGCUUUGCCAGCAUGUUCAUGGUCUUGACCAAGCGCCGCCACUACCUGAAGCCCAUAGAUGACUUGGUACUGGACUGGAGGCCGCUAUACCAGGAGAUCAAGGUCUUCGUGCUGCCUGGCGAGUUUGCCACACCUAACACCUUCUCCAGCAAGCGCAGCAUCCGAACGCUCACCAAGAUCUGCACCUUCGCCCAGCUCUUCUUCGAUCCCAAGGAGAUCCCCGCCCUCCUCGAUGAGCUCCUCCCUUUCUUCUCCAUGUCGCCUUCGGAAAGCGCAUUCGUCGUGCUCGGCCUGCUCAACCUCUUCUUCCCCACUCAUGCCCCUCCCCCGAACCAACCUGAGCUUCAACCUCAACAUUACCUUCCCACAUUCUUCCAUCUGUGGUCAAUAAUAAACCGCUCGACUUNNUUUACCGAUCAGCGUUUCCUCGACAUGUUCUCCAGAUUGUCGCGCGACUGUCUGACUGUUGAGCACGUACCAUUCAGCGAGCACGGUAUCUACACCGCCGAGCAGACGUCCAUGGUCUUUACAUCCAUCCUGAGGUUGCUCGAGAUUCCCGUUGGCCAGGCUUCAUCGCCGUAUCAUAUCAACAUCGAUCUUGGCGCAGGUUUGUCUGCCCUUCUCGAGCGUGAUCCUCGCAAGCAUCCCGCUUCUAGAAGUAUUGCAAGAUGGAUUAUCAUGUCCCUUUCACCAGCUUGUCUGAAGGUGAAGGACGGUAGAUCUAUACUACACCAGCUCGAGGGUCUGAUCCAGGGUAUUGAGACAUUCUUCCAUCCCUCAAAUACAGGUGCUUGGACAAAGACGCUAUCACAACUUGUCUACUAUCUUGCAGACUUUUUCGUCAUGCGUUGGAACAGAGAGGAGAGCGGUGAAUAUAAGAUGCCCGCCGAGCGUAAACUGACUCCUGAGCUACGGAAACGUUUCGUCAUGUGCUUGAGAGAAGUCGUUUUCAUGAACAUCUACUCCAAGAGCGGCACCGCUGUCAACUACGCUCUUUCUACUCUGCAGUGCUUGGCUUUCCUCGAACCAAACCUGAUCCUUCCUGGUGCUUUGCAAAGAAUCUAUCCUGCCAUGCAAGGACUGGUCGAGGUGCACAGAACCACUUCCUCCAUUCGUGCUCUCCAAAUGCUGUCUAGAAUCAUCGCUCGUACGAAGGGCUUCAGAUGUCAUCUGACUACUUUGCUUGGCCUUGCUCUUCCUGGUAUUGAUGCAAACGAUCUUGACAAGACUAUGAAUUCUCUCUCUUUCGUCCAGGCUGUUUGUUACAACAUUCCACUGCAUGAUCUUACUAAGAGUGCGCAGACUGAUUCGGACGGCGAGCCCAUGUCUGGUAGUACUGCUACUGCAGUGGAAUGGAUUACACAACAAGUCGAUCGCUUCGAGAUUGAAGGCUCUCAGGUCGAGUUGGACUAUGCGAACGAGCUGACUGACGAGGACGAGGAAAUCAUCCUUCGUUCAUCAACUGCUGGUUUCGCCGAGUUUCUGAUCGCUUUCCUCGGUCGCGUGUUCACUCUGCUGCAGAAUCUGCCUGAUGCUUCUCGCGUCAAGAGCGGUUCUCCAGAGGAGAAUGUUGUCAACACUCUGCCUGCUGCGUUUGCACCUUUGCUUGCUGCUUUGUCGCCCGAGCUCUACGAUAUUGCUUUGCAGCAGAUUGCCAAGUUUGUCACAAACCAUGUGGUUCACCAAGCUCGUGAUGCUAUGGCAUUCAUCUGCAAUACUCUGGUCAAGGUCUCUCCUAAGAAGGCUCUGAGUCGUCUUCUGCCCGACUUGAUCUCAAGCAUUAGGGCCGAGAUUGACGAGAAUGGUGCUGGCUCGAGCAGAACUUCUGGUUCCGAGAUUCUUCCUCGGGAUCGUGCUCUAGUAUGGAACAUCAGUUUGUUGAGCAUGUGUGUGGUCCAUGUAGGCUCCGAUGUGCUUGACUUCCAGGAUGAAUUGUUCGACAUCGCUAGUUACAUGCAGGACAAGUGUAAGGGUAUCCCUCUUGUUCAUGUUUCGAACUUUGUCCAUCAUCUGCUGCUCAACUUGACUGUCACCUACACAACCGACUACUCGUUGUACGAUCAGGCGGACUUGAAGAAAGGCCUGCAGCCGAGUGAUUGGGCCAAGCUGCCGGAUCCGAAGAACCUUCAAGUACAGUGGCAUGUGCCCAAGGAAGCUGAGAUAGAUUUUGCCGUCAGGAUCUUCGAGUAUCAAGGCAAGCGAUCCAUUGAUGCACUCAAUGCUCUGACCAGUAACGACAAUUCGCCUGUCAAGCGGGACGGAACAGGCAAAGACUGGUCAGAUGAGGUCUCUCGUAAUCUUGUUCUCUUGCGCUUGCUUAUCUCAGGUAUCUCCUGCUUCUUCCGCUCGGAUGACGAGUCCGUCACUCCUGUCAGCGGCCAUGAUACCGAAGUCAAUGGCAGUAUCUCGCCCAAGCAAGAGAUUCAGCAGAGUCCAAGCGACCUAACCGAACCCGACGAUGACAAGAUCCGCAAGACCUUCAUCUAUCCUACUGGCUACCCACUUCAGACCAGUAGCCCGCAUUAUGAAGCAGUGCACAAGUUACGCCGUCUUACUGGCGAGACUCUGCAUCGCGUGCACGAGUUCCUUACUCAACACCAGCAAGAUGAUGUUCUUUGUUUCAAUGCGCUUUACACAGCAUAUCGCUCGUGGUUCAUCGACAUUGGUAUCGAGCGAUCUGCCCACGUUCUCGACAGGCUUAGUCGCCUUCUUUCGGCAGACAUCCACCCUUAUAAGUUCAGCGGUACCCGUAAGGCCUAUCCGCGACCUCUCCUUGCCAGACGUGCCAACUUGUAUCACUUCCAACGGUUGAGAUACAACGAGUCUCCCCGCGCAGCAUCCGACCUUGAUAAAGUACUCCUGCUCGACUUGGCUCAUUCCAGUGUAUCCGUCUACACAGAUAUUCGACGCACAGCCCAAACCGCCUCCGAGUCGGCUGUCCAGUGUAUAAUUGGAGCCAAGCCUCUCAUCAUUCCCCCCCUUCUGGAUGCUCUAGAAGACGCCGUCAACAAGACGGACUUCCCACGCAUCAAGGGUGCUGUCUUUUCUCUGCUCUUCGGCAGUCUAGCUCGUCCUAUUGAGCGCAAUUGGAAGUUCACUCCUAGACUCAUCAGGUUGUUCAUUCGUGUGGGAGAGACUGAUAAGCCCAGUAUUCAGAAGCUCGUUAGCAACGCAAACUUCCAGGUACACUCGAUGUGCAGAGCCCUAGAUCGCAUGGUCAUCUUGGACGAGAAGACUGUUGACAAUGUUUGGCCAGCUGAGAGCAACACGCAGCCGUCUGAUAAGUCUAAGAUGGUCGCAACUUCCUUAGAAGAUGCCAAGGCGCUCCUUCCUCCCNAGCAGGAUCGCAUUCGUCAACGCCGAAUGCUGAUCGAAGGAAAGAAGUCUGAGCUCUCUUCUGAAUUGGUUGUAAUGAUCAAAGACUCGCAUUGGCGUAAGGCUCAACGCGUCGCAGCCCUCGUGAUCGGUCUGGACUACCGCUAUGAGACUAUUGCCUCGGACGGUAUGCUUGACUUGGUCGUGAAGGGUGUAAUCGACUCGCAUCCUUCAUUGCGUGUACUCUUUGCAAACGCAUUGCUCGCUAUCUGCAGUCUCAUCCAGACAAGAUCAAUGACCGAGCACAAGUAUGAGAAUUAUCUUCUCGACAAGCAGUUCCCUCCCGAUCGCAUGAUUGUCGAAACUAAACCUGAUGACCCUAAGUGGACCAAGCAAUACCUAGAUGCCUUCUCGCAGCCUGAGGCCGAGUACUAUGUGGAUGCUGAGUACCCUGGUUGGCUGGUGUGGGACAAGGUGAUGCGCGUCUCCAAGAACCAUGCUGUCGAUCUCGAUUACGACGAAGUCGAAGUCGGAACCCGCAAGCGCAUUGGCAAGCACAUUGACCGACAGUGGAUAUCUGUCUUCUUCGAUUACAUGAAGCAAGAGCCGCGUGAUGCUCAGGAUCGUUUCCGCACGACGAACUGCACAGUCAUGUCCUGGGUCUUGGAUCUUGUCAUGGUUGGCCUCACACCAGCAACCUUCGAUGAUGUAGUCGAUCUCACUAAGGCUACUUUCGGUGACGGAAGUGACAAACAUCAACACCGCGCUACUGCAGAGAUCAUGGGUGCUCUCAUCAACGCUGCAGAGGACUGUCAACCUAAGGUGAAGGAGAAGGUUUGGGAGUUUGUCUUCCCUCUUCUCCAGCGUGUCUUCCAAGAUGGUUUGACUCCCGAGAACUUGUCAUACUGGAGUAGUUUCCUGACUCUUACUGGUUGUGCAAGAGAUCCUCGACGAUGCUGGCCUCUUGUUGACUACUUCUCCAGCUUCAGACUGGAUAUGUCAACUAAUGCCGCCUUCAAGGAGAGCUCCAAGAUAACCCUCUUACAGCUUGUCAUUGGCACGUUUGGCUGGCAUUUCCAAAAUGAGAAGCCUAUUCUUGAGGACUUCUUGAAGCACCUUGAUCACCCCUACAAGGGCGUUCGCGAGAACAUUGGCAAUACAUUGUCAUCGAUAUACCGUAGUCGCUACUACGAGGGCUACAAGGAUGUCAGAACUCUCAUGGAAACACAAAAGGCUGCUUCUUCUAUUGGCACACGGCCUUUCCAAGCAACAGAAGAGUUCCGUGCUACCAUCAAGGAUGUCUUCGAGAGGCUCGAGAAGUGGCGCCAAGAGCGACCUCCUGGUGUCCAGACACCGACGCCGUAUACACAAGCCAGCAAGACUGUGUUGUACUGGCUAGAAUCAACAGUCAACAACUACGACUGUACUACACUGAUCGAGUUCUUGCCCGAUCCUUUCAUGCAGCAACUCCUCAACAUGAUGGAUGUCAAGGAAGACCCCGAACUGCAAUCCCAUGCAUGGAGCGUCUUCAAGCAGUUCCCCAACAUCCCUCACCGUAAGGGCGAGGAUGAGGCUCUCGCAAAGAGCCUUGUCGAGAUUGGCAGAACCAGCCCUGCAUGGCACCAGCGUCUGCGUACGUUGAUCAAUAUUCAGGUGCUUUACUUCCGCUACCUGUUCAUCAUGGAGUCUUCGCGUCGCGAGUAUCUUCUCAACAGCGUUAGGGAUAUGUUGCAUGAUACUCAGCUCGAGGUCCGCCUCGGUGCAGCCCAGACCAUCUCUGGCAUGAUCCGUUGCUCGCCUGUCGAGUUCCGUGAUAAAGCAGUCACAAACUUGAAGGCACACUUUACACAAUUGUUGAACAACAACCCUCUGCCCAAGCGCGGCAGAAACGCAGGACCUCCUGGCACACCUACACCCGAACAGAACCGUCUUGUCAUUACUCGUCACGCUGCUGUCCUUGGUCUCGGCUCGCUCGUACAAGCCUUCCCUUACGCCAGUCCGCCUCCACAGUGGUUGCCUGAAGCAUUAGCCACGCUUGCUAUGAAGGCGGCCAACGACCCCGGUGUCGUCGGCAAAGCUGUCAAGACCAUUCUGAGCGAGUUCAGAAAGGUGCGACAGGAUACCUGGCACGUGGAUCUCAAGNNGUGUUCCAACCCGAACAGCUGGAGGAUCUGGAGGGUGUGUUGUGGAAGAGUUACUUUGCAUAGACAAGAGGCUACAGGA